CUGAGGCGUUUUCAGUGUGAUGCAAACCCUCAGCUGGGAUGGUCGGAAAAUUCCCUCGGUACGGCGGAUCAGUACUCGGUGCGGUGCGUAACAAAAAUUGAGUGUUCUAAGUGAAAAAAAAAACUUAAUGGUUCAGGAAGGUUCUGAGUUUAUUUGAAGUAUUUAUUUUGUCAUAAAAAGUGUGCUAAAGUGACUAAAAUUAAGUUAAGGUUUAACAGUUAUUAAAAAUAAGUUAACUCGUUUGAUGUCAUAAAAACGUGAGGUGUAAUCGUCGUUCCAACAGCUGACCAGCUGAAGAAGAAGCCGGUUGUGUUGAGUCUAGAGAGCGAGUGCAACAGUCGUCCGGCAUACCAUGUGAUUAACUCCAACCGUUGAAACCUAGCGUAUGAGUCUGCAGUAUAAUCCUGUGCUAAAACCAAAGUGGCAGCGAAAAAAAGUCGCCAGUGAAGCUAAACAAAAAUUGCUGUUUGGAAAAAAUAGAUUAGGUCAGAGCUCGAAGCCAGCCUACCUACAAACCUGUGAAAGUACACGCUGAAGCCAAUCAACAGGUGUGGUGAAUUGGAGCUGGAGCGGUUGAACCCGACCCCAAUCAACCGCCAACCGACGAUCGACGGCAGCAAAAAGUGUUUUGCGCGCGGAAACAAGUUCGAGUUACCACCGAAAUUAGCUAAUCGAUAUUGAUUAAUUGGAGCCCUUGGAACCGUUUUUUUUUUUUGUUUUGCGGGAGGGUUUCUUUCCGGAACGCGAGAAGUCACCUUUUGAAGGGAAAAGACUGGUUUUAGACUGACAACAACAAAUUUAGAGCAAUGGAUCCGUUGAGUAUCGGAUCGAGUGUUUUAAGUCUUCACCAACGAGAAAACUCGGAACACAACAAAGACGAUGCAUUCCGCGAAAUUAUCGCCAGCUGCCGGUCGCUCAGCAAGUACGAGACCAACACCCGGUCGGCGCUUCCGCAGAUCUUCUCCGCGAUCAUCGCGGCCGCCUUCCACAUCGUCAUCGGCAUUUCGCUGGCCUACUCGGCGAUUCUGAUCCCACAGCUGGAGGACCCGUCCAGCGACAUCGUGGUCACCAAGUCACAGUCCUCGUGGAUCGCGUCGAUCAUCGUGAUCAUGGUCCCGAUCGGGUCACUCUUCGCGGGGGUUCUGAUGGAGUUCCUCGGCCGGUUGAACACGAUCAAGCUGGCGGCGGUGCCGUGCAUAAUCGGGUGGAUCGCCAUAGCGAUGGCGGACAGCUUCUUCUGGAUCAUGGUGGGGCGAGUGUUGACCGGAUUCGCCUGCGCAAUCGGGACCAGUCCGGCGAUCGUGUACAUCACGGAGGUGUCUCGACCGGAUAUGCGAGGGUCGUUGAUCUCUUCAGGGCCUACGAUUGCUUCCUUGGGAAUGGUCAUUGCAUACGCCAAGGGUGCCUACCUAAACUGGCGCUUGGUAGCCUGGAUCAACAUCGUGUAUACGCUGGUUCCGGUGAUUUUGAUUCAACUGUUCGUGCCAGAAUCUCCCGUGUGGUUGGUCUCGAAGGGACGCAUCGAAGAUGCGGCCAAAUCACUGCGCUUCCUGUAUAAGAAGUAUCCGCAGCCGGAGCAUACUGAUCAAACCCUAUCCGAGAUGCACCUGAGCGCCCUUAUCAAGGAGCGCGAAAACAAGAUCCGCGAAGCGGAAAAGAGCGUCGACGCGAACAAGUCCAAACUGCGAGGCUUCCUAAAACCCACCGGGUACAAACCUAUGAUCAUCCUGUUCUGGUUCUUCCUGAUCCAGCAGUUCAGUGGCAUCUACAUCACGCUGUUCUUCGCGGUCACCUUCAUUCAGGACGUGGGAACCGAGGUGAACGCCUUCACGGCGUCCAUCUUUGUCGGCCUAACGCGGUUCACGAUGUCUUUGCUGAAUGCGUGGCUGCUGAAGAAGUUCGCCCGUAGACCACUCGUCAUGGUUUCGACGACGGGAAUGGCCAUCUGUAUGGCGGUUUCCGGGUUGUUCACGCUCUGGAUCAAGAACGGAACUACGACGCUUACGUGGGUUCCCGUGGUGUGUCUGCUGCUGUACGUGUGCUCCUCUAUGAUUGGACUGCUGACGAUUCCGUGGACCAUGACGGCCGAACUGUUCCCCACGGAAAUCCGAGGAAUCGGCCAUUCACUGUCGUACUCCAUGGCGAACCUGCUGAUGUUCUUUGCUGUGCAAAGUUACAGAUCAAUGAACGACUUCCUCGGCGGAUCACACGCCGUCCAGUGGCUGUUCGCCGUCGUGUCGGUGCUCGGCUUCCUGUACGCGCUCAUCUUCCUGCCGGAGACCCACGGCAAGAGUCUGGCGGAAAUCGAGGCGUACUUUGCCGGUGGCAAGAAACGUACCCCGGCCAACUCACCAAGCAAUACCAACGCGAAUCUGCAGGCCGCCCGACACUGCACCGUGACGGAGCACCUCAUCAAGAGUCCCAGCUCGGCGUCGUUCCGCGUGCGGGAGGCCGAAUCGAUGCUGAAGAAGCAGGAACUUGUAUAGAGAUAUCAUCCUCGUUGAGUACUGCAGAGUAGUAUUAACAAUUGCGCGCGCGUAUUAAGUGUACUUAGGUAUUUUUUCGACGCACUGGUUCAUGAUCCGAAAAACGCAUGUUAUAUUUUUGUACGGCACUUUUCAGCAAACAAAAGAAAACGCGAAAGUAUUAAUACUGAACAACGUUAAUACAUAAAACAUAUUUAUUACUGAAUGUUACUUAACUUUACAAAAUACAAAAGAAAAAAA